UAAGGCUGCGGCUCGCCGCAAGUGGUGGGAGUCAGAAGUUUUGGGAGCCAGGGCCUGAGAGAGGUCGAGGGUCAGUGCAAAGCCAGGGAGGAGAUGGUGAAGCAGACCAUCCAGAUUUUCGCCAGGGUGAAGCCCACUGUCCGGAAGCAGCAACAAGGGAUUUAUUCCAUAGAUGAAGAUGAAAAAUUAACACCUAGCUUGGAAAUUAUCUUACCUCGUGAUUUGGCAGAUGGAUUUGUGAAUAAUAAGCGAGAAAGCUACAAAUUUAAAUUUCAAAGGAUUUUUGAUCAGGAUGCAAACCAAGAGACCAUUUUUGAAAACAUUGCCAAACCAGUUGCUGAGAGUGUCUUGGCAGGUUAUAAUGGUACCGUCUUUGCGUAUGGGCAAACAGGCAGCGGUAAGACAUUCACCAUCACAGGUGGGGCAGAGCGCUACAGUGACAGAGGCAUUAUCCCAAGGACCCUGUCGUAUAUUUUUGAGCAAUUACAAAAGGACAGCAGCAAGAUAUAUACAACGCACAUUUCCUAUUUGGAAAUCUACAAUGAAUGUGGUUAUGAUCUUUUGGAUCCAAGACAUGAAGCCUCCGGUUUGGAAGAUUUGCCGAAAGUGACAAUAUUGGAGGACCCUGAUCAGAACAUUCACCUGAAAAACCUGUCUCUUCAUCAGGCAGCCACAGAGGAGGAAGCUCUGAAUCUGCUUUUCUUAGGAGACACCAACAGAAUGAUCGCAGAGACUCCUAUAAACCAAGCUUCAACUCGUUCCCACUGCAUUUUCACUAUUCACUUGUCAUGCAAGGAACCAGGAUCUGUAACUGUCCGACAUGCCAAACUUCAUUUGGUUGACCUGGCUGGCUCAGAGCGAGUUGCAAAGACCGGAGUAGGGGGUCUACUACUAACAGAGGCCAAGUAUAUCAACUUGUCACUCCAUUACUUAGAACAGGUUAUUAUUGCCCUUUCAGAAAAACACCGUUUGCAUAUACCCUAUAGGAACUCCAUGAUGACCAGCGUCCUAAGAGACAGUUUGGGAGGGAACUGCAUGACCACCAUGAUUGCAACACUCUCUUUAGAGAAAAGGAAUAUUGACGAGUCUAUAUCUACCUGCAGAUUUGCCCAACGAGUGGCACUCAUAAAGAAUGAAGCUGUUCUUAAUGAAGAAAUUGAUCCCAAAUUGAUGAUAACACGCCUACAAAAAGAAAUCCAGGAACUGAAAGAUGAACUGGCCAUCGUCACUGGGGAGCAGAGGACAGAGGCACUCACAGAAGGAGAGCUCCUUCAGCUGGAAAAACUAAUAACAUCCUUUUUGGAAGACCGGGAUCCAGAAAGUAGACUAGAGGUUGGCGGCGAUAUGCGUAAAAUUCAUCAUUGUUUCCAUCAUUUAAAGAAACUCCUGAAUGACAAGAAGAUUCAUGGAAAAAGCAUAGUCUCCUCUGAAAUCAAAGAGCAAGACUGCCAAGAACCAGUGAAUAUAAAAGAGGAAGAAUAUAAAAAGCUACGAGAUGUUCUGCAGCAGAGAGAGAAUGAAAUCAAUAUUCUGGUCAAUAUGUUAAAGAAAGAAAAAAAGAAAGCUCAAGAUGCUCUCCACUUACGCAGCAUGGAUAGCAGUGAGCUUAGACACUCGCCGAGCUCACCCUUCCCAUCUGGGAACCCAAAGUGUUCGAGGACUUUACUAGCCUCAGCUCCCACACAGGCCCAGAAUGUCAGCACUUGUGGGCCCAGAUCCAGUUUGCUGCACAGAAAAACAGGGAUGAGAGAGGAAAUGUCAUUAGGACGUCAGGAGGCUUUUGAAAUCUUCAGGAGAGACCAUGCUGACAGCGUUACCAUCGAGGACAACAAGCAGAUCCUAAAACAGAGAUUUUCUGAAGCAAAGGCUCUGGGAGAGAGUUUAAAUGAAGCAAGAAGUAAAAUUGGUGGCCUGAAGGAAGAAAUCACCCAGCGGCAUAUGCAGCAAGUGGCUCUAGGCAUCUCAGAAAACAUAGCCACGCCCUCAAUGCCAGACUCACUGGAAGAGAAGCUGCGAUCACAACUGGAGGAGGAAAAGAGAAGGUAUAAGACGAUGUUCAUGCGCCUGAAGGCCCUGAAGGUGGAGAUUGAGCACUUGCAGCUGCUCAUGGACAAAUCCAAGGUCAAGCUGCAGAAAGAGUUUGAAGCCUGGUGGGCAGAGGAAGCCACCAGCCUGCAGGUAAACUCUCCAGCAGCGAACUCACCCAGUCACAUGAAGCCCCUUCCCCAGACGCCUGAAACCCAGCAAGAAAGGUCCCAGCUUCUCUCAAACCCAAGUGAGGUGAAUGCCAGGAAAACAGUGCACUCGCCUGGCGCCAUUCUGCACAGCCAGGAGCAGAGCAGCACCAGCGCCCCCCUGAAAGACAGCAUCCCUGAGAAGCCAGUGUCAUCCAUCCCUCUCACCGGGGACAGACAGACAGACUCCGACAUCCUGGCAUUCAUCAAGGCCAGACAGAGCAUCCUGCAGAAGAAAUGUCUCCAGUAAGCGUCCAGCCAUGCACUGUGGCCGCAAGGACGGAGUACAGAUGAAGAAGCCCAGGAAUGGCUGCGACAGGCCAGGCUGGACAUCAGAGCCAAGGACGAGGCAAUGGAACGCAGGGCACCUUGGUAGCUGAUCCUGACCACACAGACCAAACCCUCCACCAUCCUCCUCACGGCCCAGGAGACAGAGGCCGCACCUUGAUCAGCGUGUCUCCAGGGAGCCACCCACCUUGCCAGGUCUAAGGAUGCUGCAGCACCCAGAGAGCAAUGGAUAGCUCCCAGCGGCUCUGCAGAGAGCGCGAGGCAACACGGGCACCUCGGACCUCACCCCCUCCCCCAGCCACGUGGGGCUCUGCAGGAUGGGAGCCAAGACUCCCCGCUCCCACGGGGGAUACGCAGGUGCUGGGGUCUUGUCUCAGGGAGCCCUCUCCGCCCUCCCGGCCCGGCUCCCCAUGCAGAUCCCACCCUCAGGAGGCCCGCAGAGAACCACCACCUCACGGCGGCAAGGUUCCAAGCCAGCUGCAGUGUGGAGGGAGGACGAGGGACAGGAAUGGUACCAAGAAUGAAGCUAAGAGAAUAAAGCUGCUGCCCACUG